GGUCAGUCUUCCCCUCACUAACUUGGAAUGGUUUCAAAUCGCGAGCAGCCGCGCUUAACCUCAGCGAGCCAUUCAUCUGCGCACUCCCCGGAUCGAUGGUACUAUAAACCCUGACGCUGCCCUGGCACCUACACAGGCUUGAAGACAUGAUCACUAGCACCAGUAUUUAUGGUCUAAAGAUGCAGUGGACCCCGGAGCACACACAAUGGGCAGAACAACACUUUGACAUCUCAUCCACUACCCGCUCGCCAGCACACAAAGUAGAGGCCUACCGGGGGCACUUACAGCGAACGUACCAGUAUGCGUGGGCAAACGAUGACAUCUCUGCACUGACUGCCUCCAAUCUGCUUAAGAAAUAUGCAGAGAAGUACUCUGGGAUCCUAGAGGGCCCAAAUGAGAGAGCCCUGCUGUGUUCCUACUCUGAUAGCACCACUGGACUCAUGAAUGGACGAAAGUCAGAGAAUGAGUCUUGGCAGGAGGGGAUUUACCCAAUGAACUGUGCUCCAGAUGUUAUAUCUGUGAGCAAAGCUGGAAUGACAGCUGCCCUACCCCCUACAGAUGUGUCGGCUAGCAUAGGCAGCUCCCCAGGGGUGGCCAGCAGCUUGUCUGAGCCUAGCUAUUCCAGCAGUAACUGUGGGAGCCACACAGCCACUACUCUCCACUCGGGCCUCCCCUCUCAGGAAUAUACUGCCAGCUACAACGGCUCCUACCUGCAUUCAAGCUACAGCGGCCAGAGUACCCCAGCCCUCCCCUCUCCUUUGCACAGUGCUGGGCUCUUACAACCACCGCCCCCACCUCCUCCCCCUACCUUAGUGCCGAGCUACAACACCGGGUCUCCAAACCUUCCCAACUACAAUUAUCCUCCAACAGGGUAUACUUCUCAGCCUGCUGUUGGCCCUGGUUAUAGCCCUGGGGGAGCACCCCCACCUUCUGCUUAUCUGCCGUCCGGUAUUGCAGCUCCUACACCAAUCCCUCCUUCCACACUGCCCGGCUACACCUACCAGUCCCAUAAUCAUACACCAAUUGCACCUACACCUUUGAAUGGCAGCACCUCCAACUCAUUAAAACGAAAAGCUUUCUACAUGAGUGGACAUGGAGACAUGGACUCGAGCUAUGGUAAUUUCAACUACAACCAACAGCGCUCUUCACAGAGCCCAAUGUACAGAAUAACAGACAGUGUCUCAGACUCAAACAGGGGCAAUGGUUUCGAUAGAAAUGUUGAGGCAUCGUCUUUAGCGUUUAAGCCAACCAAACAGCCAAUGUCUUCUGAUCAACAAAGAAAAUUCAUAAUACAUUCUGGCAGAGCACUUACUCCUCCCUCCUAUGGAUCAACCAAAAGCUCUGUGGGUGAUCUGAGAGCUGGUGAGCCCUACAGCAAGUUUGGAUCCUCGAUCAUGAGCGAGCAAACUGAAGAGCACAGACAGCACAUCUCUCACUCCCUAACAGGGCCUGAUAUUGGUACGACUACCUCGUCCAUCCAUGCUGCAGAGGAACAACUAAAGAACAGUGACUCCAACCUGGUGGAGAUGGUGACCACAGAAAUCCUUCAGCAGGGCCCUCCAGUGGACUGGAGCGACAUCGCGGGUCUGGAUAUGGCCAAAGCAGCCAUCAAAGAGGAGAUACUAUGGCCCAUUUUAAGGCCAGAUAUGUUUAGCGGAAUUGCCACAUUACCUCGGAGCCUCCUUUUAUUUGGACCUCAGGGAACUGGUAGAACGCUGCUGGCUCACUCCAUGGCCAGCCAACUGGGGGCUGCCUUCUUGCAACUCAGCAGCUCAGCUUUGGUGACCAAGUGGCUAGGGGAAGGGGACAAGAUCAUCCAAGCUUCUUUCCUGGUGGCCCGGUGUCGCCAGCCAGCAGUGGUGUUUAUCAGAGAGGUGGACCUGCUGCUGUCAGCCCAGCUCAGUGAGGAGAGCCCAGUGAAUCGCCUCAAGGCUGAGCUCCUCAUGCAGCUUGACAGUAUUCUGACCUCUGCUGAGGACCAUGUCCUCGUGGUCUGCUCCACCAAUAAGCCUGAAGAGAUCCCAGAGUCCCUACGGAGGUACUUUGCCAAGCGACUGCUCAUCCCCUUGCCUGAUGGGACAGCACGACACCAGAUAAUCAGCCAACUGCUCUCACAGCACAACUACUGUCUUAGUGACAAAGAGAUGUCAUUAUUGGUUCAGAGGACAGAGUGCUUUUCUGGACUGGACGUGGCUCAGCUGUGUCAAGAGGCUGUGGUAGGUCCUCUCCAUGGCAUUCCUAGUACUGACCUGUCAACCAUCCACCCAACUCAGAUGAGACCGGUCUCCUACCAAGACUUUGACAGUGUGUUUUGCAAAUUCCAGCCCAGCAUAUCACAAAAAGAACUUGACAUGUACACUGAGUGGAAUAAAAUGUUUGGUUGUAGUCAAUGAAAGAGACUCAUCAAACACAUACUACUUUUUCAGUAGUUGAAUACAAGCAAGUGUUUGGCCUUCAGUGAACAAGAAAAAUAACAAACAGUGGUGACAUUAACAUACUAUACACAGCAAAGGGAUUGUCCUUAAGGCUUUAGACAAAAGAUAACAGUCUGGACAUCAUACAUUGGUAAAUGUUAAUUAAAUGCUUUAUAUGGCUGACGGCAUGUGCUCUCAAGAACUCAAACAACAAGGAAGAAGAUGCCCCCCAUUUUUGUAUAUACAUAUAUAUAUAUACAUAUAUAUACAUACUAUUCUGCUGAUCUUGAGAUUUAGUUGCUAUCAAGUGCCUGAGGUGGUGCUGUUUAAGUUUUCUCUUUCUUUUUGCCUCACAAUCUUCAUUGGUGACAUGUGCUAAUAUCAAAAAAAGCUUUAAAAUGAGACAAAAAACCUGCUUUCUCUUUUCCAUUAGUGUUCUGCAGCUGUGUCUGUUUCGUGCUCUCUGUAAACAGUUGUGGUUAAUUUCAGGUAAAUUACAUUGAUUGGUAUUAUUUCCAUUGGGCUUCAUUACCUUACACAGGUUUUAUGUGUGUGUAAAUCCUUUAAUUACAAUAACAAACGUUUUUUUGUUGGAACAAUGUGAUUUGUUUUCUGGCAAACCUAAGGUGAAUUUGGUCGCUGUACUAUUCUCUCCACUAUAGAUGAAAUUACAAAAACAAAUAUUAUUUUACAAUGUGACUUCAAUCUAAACAAUAAAUUACUAUGUAAUUGCUGUUUGAAUUUUGUUUCAGUAGUCAUUCACAGUGUUUCACGUAAAUGUAAAAUUCUACUAAUAAUUAUUUUGAUGUUCUCUAUUUGAAAACUCAGGAAAGUGAUGAUAUGUACAGUACCUCAUAGGCUUGUGUCACAUUUGAAAUUCCAUCAUCAAACCAUGUAAGGCUAUAUAAUACCUCAAAAAGCUCAACAUGAAAUGAAAAGGUUCCUACAUUGAAUGUAUGAGAGUAAUUCCGGUUUAUUUACAAGACAAAAAAAAGUAAUUUGUUUGGAGUUCUUUGCUUUUAGCCGAGCUGAGAUAAAUUUGAAAGGUGCAGACAAACAUCUUGGGGUUGAGGAAGACAGUGGCCCCAAGCUAUUUCAUUCCAUUCUGCUGCUGUUUUAUCAUUAAUGAAACCUAAGGAUUAUGUAUAGCCUAAAUUCCUUUCUACCUCAGUUUGUUAGUUAUCUCUGAAAGACAAAUACAAAAAGACUGCAAAAUGUCAGCACCUAUUCUGCUUGUUUGAUGAGGAAAAACCUUCUGAGACAACACCAAACGUAUUUUGUUGUUUGCAAAAUCUAUUAGCUUUACAUUUUUAUAACUCCCAUGAACCACAUAAUGCACUUAAAGAGGAAUACCACUAAAUAUUAUGUUUGGGAUACACUAUGCCUUUGCCUUAAGACAAAUUGGUAUUAGCUAACAUUCACCAGUGGAUGUUGUGGCCGUUGCUUGUUUGGCCUCUGAAGUCAAAAAGAAAAUCUAAAUGUGACAGUUAUCACGGUGAUGUUUCGCACAGUAAGCAUUCUUUGACUUGAAACCAGUUCCAUUAUUUUAACAUAAAGUUUAGAAUUUGUUUGUCUGUCUUAGGCUAUAACUGUAACCUUCAUGAAUUGAGUGGAAUUCCUUUUUAAGAAAAUGUCUUGAAGGCUAGUCUCACAAAACUGUUAUUUGUGUUCUCUGUGUUGUAAUUUUCACUUUUAAAAUGUUCUGUUUACAGUGUUAUUAAUCACUACUUUCUGCCAUUUACCAGUACAUUUUGAUGCAACAUGUUUUGGCAAUGAAAGAGCAGGAUUGACAGCUGAAUUGGCAAGUAACAAAAAUGUUGUUGAAUGUAUUCCGUCCUCUGAACAGUGAGGAAAGCAAAGCACUCGCACAUUGAAAAACGCCACUGAAGUAGAUAGCACUGUAGGUGUGUAAUACUGCAGAGGCACUAAAGGACCUUGUGUUUGUUUUACAAAGGAGGUCCCUUCAUGUUUGUUGCCUAUUGCACAUGUUUUACAUUUUCUUGUAUUGAUCCGUCCCCUGGUUAGGCAUCAUUAACUCUUGCAGACCUGUAUUGGGAUUUAUACAGAGCAUUAGACAAUAGCAGAGAAACUACAUAGAAUCAGAGAAAGCUAGCAUGCUUUUCAACAAUAAUAUCUUGCUGUCUCACAUUAUCUGUGUUGUUUAUUUGUAGAUAUGUACUCCAGUCAUAAGAUGGGUGACGGCAUUUUUCUUGAAUGCACACAAGUUACAGUAUGUGGUAAAACGUUAAUCCAACCCAACACACAAUUUGAUUAACACAGAAGCAGGAUCAUGUAAUUUGUUACAUUUUAAACAUUUAACAUAAAAUACAUAAAGAAGUUUGUUGAUAAGUAUAUUUUCUCAGCUAGCUUUUCCCUUUUUACACGUGGUGGACUACCCCGAAGUUACACAUUACAAUCUUUACAACACAACUUUAAAGAUGGAUUCAUUGUUUUCAUUCAUACUGUACAAAAGUUUGUCAUGUUUAACUAAACAUGUUUUAGACAUCCAGGGGGUCCUCAGCCAAAUUUGUUUACACAUAAAAGUGUCCAGCAAAGUCCAUUUGGAAGCUUCAAAUGUGAUACAUGUCUAAUUUCACAAACCUUAAUGGAAAAUACAUUUUUAAAAACAUUAAAUCAUUAAAGUCAUUUGUUACAGCCAAAGUAAAACAGCUUUCUUUUUAAUAUGAUGAUUUGUUUGAAGAAGUUGAGAAUGUCAGUGACUUUAAUGCCACAGUGUGAGCUGUGGAUAUUGGAAAUUAAUACUUUUAUAGCACUCUCCCUGGGCAAAAAAACAUGUAAAACAUUUUCAGUUUUAUCCAGUCUGAGUUUUUGAACUGUCAAUCAUCAGUACGGUACAGAUAUUAACAUGUUUAAUUUGUUUAUCUUAAAAAAGUAAUUAAAAAAAAAGCAACAUGUCAUGCAGAAAAUGUCACAUACCACAUAGUGAGUUUUUACACUGGAGUAUAAUUGUGUCUCUGUGAUUGCUAAUUUAAAAAAAAUAAUUACACUUGUUGCAAGGUUUUUGACAAGAAGGUGAUAAGAAGCCCUACGUGCCAUUAACAAGCACAGAUUUCACAAGUUUAAGUGGGCGACAGAUCGUGAACUUACGUAGAGAUGUGCUUUAUGUUAAAAAGGGGAAAUGAUCCACUCAAAUGAAGUACUACUUGUAAUCACUCCGACAACAACAGAUCUUGUGAUGUAUUUGCUUUUUUUUGUCUCCCUAACAAUGAAUGCAAUAGAGCACAGUGUAACACAAGGCACAUGGAUACUAAUUUACAUUUGUAUGUUUGUAAUAUAUCACAGCUAGAAAGUAAAAAGCCUUACAGCGGGAUCUGAUAUGAGGAAACAAUAACCAUUAUUCAGAUAGGGUGUAUAUUUCUCAUGCUUUAGAUGUUAUCAUUAAAAUAGUUCAUUCUUUAUUGAGGGUGAUGUGAAUGAAAGGGCCACAACCAACAUAUGAGCAGAACCUAUAAUAAAGACAUCGAGUCUCACAGUGAUGCCAACUCAGCCACUUGAAUCGCUUUUUUGUUUCAAACUCUGUCGGUAUUUCAUGUAAAUUACAUUUUGUUGAGAACUGCUUAAGAUUUUUAUUCCAUCGUUAUGUGGUUUAAUAGUCUGGUAUUCUUUAUAACCAUUUCUACCUCAUUGCUACAUAUUGUACAUGUAGUACUUAUGUCCUGUCAUUUUGAAUGUCAUGCAUUUGUGGAUAAAAAAAAAAGAAAAACAACAAAAAGAAAUGGAAAAAAAUGGAAAAAAAUGGAAAAAACAAAACAAAAAAAGCUUGCUCUUGAAUCUAAGCAGUCUACUUCACAAAGACUGUCUUUACACUGUCAAGUACAAGUCACAGAAAAAAUAAGGCACCUUGAGGGCAAGGAUGAAGUCAACCUCCUCAUACUUAGCGUACUGUUUAUUUACAACACCACGAUUCCAUUGAAUUGCUGUUGGCUGUGUAGGUCUUCUACAAGGUCUUCAAUGCAAUUCUAAUUCAUUUCCUAAAAAGUAACAAAUUGCUUUAAUCAUAUGUGAAUUGUCGUAGUGCGCAUGUUAAUGUGUAUGCAAGUGCACUUGCAAUUCCACAUGCAAGUAUGAGGGGAUAACAUUAAGAUAUGAAAAAUCUGAGUUUUUACUUUUCAUAUUCAUGUACAGAGAAUAAACUUGCACAUAGCUGUACGUAUUGUACAUUUGCUAAUGAUGUACAGCAUACAUACGAAAGAUGCACCACAUACAUGUUUAUAUGUGUGUAUGUAUUGCCAUACUUACAGUACAGUCGAUUUAAAUGUAUUUUAAUUUCAAGGUACAUAAAGGUUAUUGAAAUAUCGAAUAAAGAUGUUUUUCUUUCUUUUUUUCCCCUGGAAACUGGAUGCAUUUUGUAUCUUUACUUGAUUAAAUUUGCAAUCGUGUUAUUGAUUUAAGCUUGUGCUAUUUCCGUUUCAAGCUAUUUCUCGUGGAAGACCGUGUUAAAUCCAUGACAAUUUAAAUCAUAAUUUCUUUAUUUCACUGGUAUCUAAUGACAAUAUGGUGAAAGUAAUUCAGUUUGCAGCAGUUUAAAGAGGCUGAUUUUAAGGCUUACUUUUUAUUGCACUUCUCCCACCAUUACACCUCCAUAAGCCCAUAUUGGCUGUUUUUUUAUUAGGAAAUAAGAAGCUAUGAUUAAGAUUCCUCUUUCAUGUAAUCUUUAAGUAGUAGGUGUUACGUACGUGGAAAGUUUUUGUGCAAUUAACACAAAUGGGUGCAGUUUAUCAUCAGAUCUAUAUCUACUAUUUCAUGAUUCUUAAUGGGAGCAACAUGUAACGUUUUAUUCUAAACACGCGGUGAAAAACACUGGUUUUACAGAACAAAAAAAAAUACAUUUUGUACCUGUAUUAUGUCAUGUAUGCUAAUCAUUUUUGGGGAAAUAUACUUUGCACUGAAAAUUGUAAAUAAAACGUGUUUUCAUUUCCAUAGAGCCUUUUUAAAUAAAGAGUCGUACAUGA